CCCGUGGAUACGGAUGCACAUGCAGGGAUGAUGGAAGGAAGACUCGGUAGCACUGUUCGGCGGAGCGCGACGUUGUGGACGUCUCAUUCGUUCGUUGCUCGUCGUCGUGCGUCGUCAUCAUUGUUCCGACGAUUCGGCGGAUGGGUCCGGUGUUUUCGUGUGGUCCACUGUUUCCUGACGCAACUUUGAUUUUUUCACAUCACAGGAGGAACCAAGGCUUUAUAAAGACUCAGACGCAAGCAAACACCACAAGAACAAUAUACCAUUUUAGUCAUGAAACUCAAUCAUGCUGCCAGCAUGCCGGCACUGCAGGCAUCUGACGAUGAUGCAACCUCCCAGUCGAGCUCUUCGCCAUCGGAAUCGUCGUCGCACUCCAUGUCCCGCAACCAUACGUCAAUGGACUUGACGGAGAUUGAUGGCGCAUCCACUACAACGGUUCCUCCUCACGUCGACUACAAAAAGGUCCUGGUGACGGGAGGUGCCGGUUUUAUCGGAAGUCACGUGGCCGAAUAUCUGUUGGCGCGUGGAGACGACGUCGUGAUUAUCGACGAAAUGAACGACUACUACGAUAUCCGUAUCAAGCAGGCCAAUCUGGAAUUAUUGCGCCAGGCUUAUACCGACGAAAAACGUCUCAAAAUAUACCAUGGUGAUAUCUGCGACGAAGCCCUGAUGGAGCAGAUUUUUCAAGACGAACGACCCCAAUGGGUGUGUCAUAUGGCGGCUCGUGCCGGUGUACGCCCCUCCAUUCAGGAUCCGUACGUGUACAUACACAGCAACAUCAAGGGUACCACGCAUUUGAUGGAAUUGUCGGCCAAGUUCAACGUGAAGAAUUUCGUGUUUGCCUCGAGUUCUUCGGUCUACGGGGGUUCCAAGUCUACCUUCUUUUCCGAGGAGGAAGUCGUGGACAAUCCGGUCUCACCGUACGCCGCCAGCAAAAAAGCUUGCGAACUUUUGGCGUACACCUAUCAUCAUCUCUACCAGUUGAACAUCUCGGCGUUGCGCUUCUUCACCGUGUAUGGACCCCGUGGUCGCCCCGAUAUGGCGCCCUUUAAGUUUAUUGAUCGGGUCAGUCGCGGUGUCGAGAUUCAGCAGUUUGGAGACGGCUCCUCUUCACGCGAUUACACCUACAUUUCGGAUAUUGUUGACGGUGUGGUCCGUGCAAUCGACCGUCCCCACAAGUACGAAGUCUUCAACCUGGGAAAAGGUAGCGGAACCUCCCUAAAGGAAUUCAUCGACUUGGUUCAAAAGCACACUGAUCGCAAGGCAGUUAUUCGUGUCAUGCCGGAUCAACCUGGUGACGUGCCCUACACCUGCGCCGAUGUUUCCAAGGCCGACCGACUUUUGGGAUACAAGUCCAAGAUUUCCUUCGAAGAAGGUAUUCGCCGUACUGCGCACUGGUACCAAAAGGCCUACGCCACGCGCGAACUGGAAGUCUGUCCAGAAUUACAGGCCAACGGAAUGGGUCGAGCGCCUUCAAUGGUCGAGCUGAAGCAGUUCUGAAAAUGAAAGCUUUCGCACCCGAUCCGUUCCUUUACAUAUUCGACACAUGUAGUUCAUCCUUCUAUGGAGUAAGCUGUUUAGUCAUUGCACAUAUACUAUGAUG